AUGGCCUCUAAAUCCGCAGAAGACACGACUGGCACCCUGUAUCUGAUCGCCAUCCAGGUAGUGUCAAGAGGACUAACAUUCAUAGGCAAUCAAGCAUUGCUCCGUUAUGUGUCUCCUGGACACCUAGGCCUUGCAGUACAGCUGGAGGCUCUGUCCACAUCUGUCCUCUACACAGCUCGUGAGAGCUUGCGUGUUGCUCUACAAAGAAGCCCGCGAAUCGCGUUUGAGAAAAAGAGCCGUCGCAUAGCAGUCGCAACGUCUCAAUCUGCUGUAAAUGCUGCGUGGCUCGUGAUCGUUCUUGGUGUGGUACUGGGUAACCUCUUCAGCUUUCUUUAUCUAUACCCUGCUAGCACAGAUUUGUUAAACUCUCCAGAUUUCAAAUUAGCUUUUUGGCUCUAUGCUGUAGCCACGAUAUUAGAGCUUCUGUCCGAGCCCAGCUUCGUUGUCAUACAACAGAACUCGCUUUUCAAGAGCCGUGCACGUGCAGAAACUUCGGCUGCAGUAGCGAGGUGCAUCAGCGCUUGCUUGACUGCUGUGAUUACGUAUCGAAGAAAGAUGCCUAUGUCCGUGCUCCCAUUCGCUGUUGGCCAAGUUCUUUAUGGACUGUUUCUGUCCAGCAUAUAUUGUUGGACGGCAGCUGUCAAGGCCUCCUCAGCAGGCUUCUCUACUCUGCCCGAAAAGGUGGAAGCCACGUCAGACAUUUUGUUUUCCCGUUUCUCGAGACCACUUCUUGGUCUCGCUGGAGCUUUCUACGGACAGUCUAUCUUCAAGUGGUUGCUGACACAAGGUGAUACACUAGUCCUGUCUCUAUUCGCUGACCUAAGUGCACAAGGCAUUUUCGCACUUGCCAGCAACUACGGAGGACUACUUUCCCGACUUCUAUUUCAACCAAUGGAGGAAAGCAGUCGCAACGUGUUCGGACGACUCUUGGCUAACGAGAAGUUGACGAGGACAGGAGACUCUACUGGCAAAUCACCCGACUUGAUUGACAAGCGCAAACAAGCACUUCAAUAUCUGUCUACAACCUUGCGCGUGUACAGUCUAGCUAUUGCGAUACCAUGUAUCACCCUUUUACCUCAAAUCUUUCCACUACUUGUGCAGACACUCCUUGGUUCCAGGUCACAAUGGAAUUCAGCACAGACUUCGGCUCUGUUAUCAGCAUACAGCUAUUACAUUCCGUGCUUGGCAUUUAACGGUAUCCUUGACGCCUUCGUUACCAGUGUUGCUACAGAAGCAGAACUUGGGGCACAAUCACUCAUGAUGAUUGGCACAACUAUGAUCUACCUCAGCUCUGCUUACUUGGGCAUGACCGUCAUGCAGCUUGGCGCGGUCGGUUUGGUAUACGCAAAUAUCCUCAAUAUGCUGCUGCGGAUUGGCUUCAGUAUAUGGUUUAUCGCUGGCUGGAUACGAGGGUAUCUGCCUUUGAAGAGGGCUAAGCAUCAAAGAUCAGUAUUUAGACAAUUUGUGGACAACAGCAUUCCAAAUCCGUCUUGUCUAUUGGUAUCGGCGCUUAUCGGCGCGGCGCUUCUGGCAGAGGGUAACGUGAGACUCGUCUUGGGAAAACAAGAGAACCCACAAACGACUGCUAAAGUCAAACUUGCGGGACUUUUCUUGGACUUCGACCUCUUCAGCUUGAGCUACUUCCUGACAUGUGUCGUUCUACUCAUCAGUUCUGUAGCAAUAACAGAGAGCACUUUCCUGCUUGAAGUGCUGGAGCCGAUCGUACCACAGAGAGUCAAAGCAUGGCUCACGUUUCUAUUCCCACCUCGGCAGGACAGCCUUCGGACGAAGCCAAAUGAUACCAAAAUCAGCUGA